AUGCUGAGAUUAUUUAGUGCGGUACUGCAUCUGCUGCAAAUUUUUUCAAUUAGUCACCGCCAGACAAGUUAUAAUCGUCUGACUUGGACUUCCACAAACAACUUUUGGUUAGUAAUGGCUGAAGAACUGGGUCAUUUUAGCUUCCCUAGGGAAGAAGAAAAGGUUAUUGACCAGUGGAAUGAGGUGGAUGCUUUUCAACGUUCCUUGGAAUUGACAAAAGAUUUUCCACCUUUUGCAUUCUUUGACGGUCCUCCUUUUGCUACUGGUACACCUCACUAUGGACAUCUUUUGGCUUCUACAGUGAAAGAUAUCAUUCCAAGGUAUGCUACAAUGAAUGGACACCAUGUGGUGAGAAGAUUUGGAUGGGAUACUCAUGGGUUACCUAUCGAGUACGAGAUUGACAAAAAGUUGGGUAUUACCGGUAAACACGAUGUCAUGAAGAUGGGUAUUGACAAAUACAAUGCUGAGUGUAGGGCGAUUGUGAUGAGAUACGCCGAUGAAUGGCGCAGAACUGUGACAAGAAUUGGAAGGUGGAUCGAUAUGGAUAACGAUUACAAGACUUUGUACCCAGAGUUUAUGGAAUCUGUGUGGUGGGCUUUCAAAGAGUUGUACAAGAAGGAUGCUGUCUACAAAGGAUUGCGUGUCAUGCCAUACUCUACUGGUUUGACUACCCCUUUGUCCAAUUUUGAAGCUCAGCAAAACUAUAAAGAUGUCAAUGAUCCUGCAGUCACCGUAUCUUUUCCUCUUAUCGACGAUGAGAACACUUGGUUGAUUGCAUGGACCACCACCCCUUGGACAUUGCCUUCUAACAUCGCGUUGUGUGUUAAUCCUGACUUUGAGUACGUCAAAAUCUUUGAUGAAGAGAAGCAGAAGCAUUUCAUUUUGUUGGAGUCUUUGUUAAAUGCCGUCUACAAGAAGCCUGCUGCCGCCAAGUAUAAGGUCGUGGAGAAAAUCAAAGGUAAAGACUUAGUUGGACUCAAGUAUAAGCCACUUUUCAACUACUUUUACGACAGCUUUAAGGACCAUGGCUUCCAGGUUAUUGGUGCAGACUACGUUACUGCAGACUCUGGUACUGGUAUUGUCCAUCAAUCUCCAGCAUUUGGUGAGGAAGAUUUCAAUGCUGCCGCUAACGCUGGUGUUAUCAACGAGAAGAGAACUCCACCCAAUCCAGUGGAUGACAAUGGUCGCUUCACUGCUGAAGUUUCUGAUUUCCAUGGUGUGUAUGUCAAGGAUGCAGACAAGCUCAUCAUCAAAAGAUUGACAGAAGAUGGAAGAAUUUUGAUGAACACCCAAAUCAAGCACUCGUACCCAUUCUGUUGGAGAUCUGAUACACCUCUUUUGUACAGAGCUGUGCCAGCUUGGUUUGUUCGUGUGACUGAUAUUGUCCCAGAUAUGUUGAAGAAUGUCGAGAGGACAAACUGGGUGCCAUCCAACAUCAAGGAAAAGCGGUUUUCCAACUGGAUUUCCAACGCUAGAGAUUGGAAUGUUUCCAGAAACAGAUACUGGGGUACUCCAAUUCCACUCUGGGUUAGUGACGACUUUGAAGAAAUCGUUUGCGUUGGCUCUAUUGAAGAAUUGAGGGAAUUAUCUGGAAGAGAUGAUAUCACUGAUAUCCACAGAGACAGUAUCGAUGAUGUUACCAUUCCCUCCAAGCAAGGUAAGGGCAACUUGAAGAGAGUUGAAGAGGUGUUUGAUUGUUGGUUUGAGUCCGGUUCAAUGCCUUACGCUUCGAGACAUUAUCCUUUUGAGAAUAAGGAACUUUUCAUGAACUCAUUCCCCGCCAACUUCAUCUCUGAAGGUUUGGAUCAAACAAGAGGUUGGUUCUAUACCUUGACUGUCUUGGGUACACACUUGUUCAAUACUGCCCCUUACCAAAACGUCAUUGUCACCGGUAUUGUGCUGGCUGCUGAUGGUAAGAAAAUGUCUAAGAGAUUGAAAAACUACCCAGACCCUAAUAUAGUCUUGAAGGAGUACGGUGCCGACGCAUUGAGAUUGUAUAUGAUCAAGUCACCCGUUGCUAGAGCUGAAACCUUGAAGUUCAAGGAAGAAGGUGUGAGAGAGGUGGUCUCAAGUGUCUUAUUACCUUGGUAUAACUCCUUCAAGUUCUUUAAUGAUGCUGCCAACAUUUACCAGAAAGACAAUGGUGAGAAGUUUGUCUACAACUCGAAAUUGUUCUCAACCAACGUAAUGGACAAAUGGUUAAUGGCAUCUCUUCAAUCCUUAAUUGCAUUCAUUCACAAAGAGAUGCAGGCUUACAGGUUAUACACCGUUGUUCCCAAGUUGUUGUCCUUGAUUGACGACUUGACUAACUGGUACAUUCGGUUCAACCGUAGACGUCUCAAGGGUUUGAGUGGAGACAAGGAAGACACAAGAGUUGCACUCAACACUUUGUCGGAGGCUUUACUCACCUUGUCUCGUGCAAUGGCUCCUUUCACUCCUUUCCUUGCCGAUGGUAUUUACCAACGACUUAAGGUUUACUUCACCGAAGAAGAUUUGAUCUCUUUGAGUGUCAACCCUAAGGAGAAAGAUACCAGGUCCAUUCACUUCAUGUCGUACCCUACUGAAAGAAAGGAACUUUUUGAUGAGAAGAUUGAGACCGCUGUUGGCAGAAUGCAAAAGGUUAUUGAUUUGGGAAGAAACAUCAGAGAAAAGAAGAUGAUCUCUUUGAAGACUCCUUUGAAGGAACUUGUCAUCUUACACUCUGACCCUGACUACUUGAGCGAUGUUGAAUCUUUGAAAGACUAUAUCAUCGAGGAAUUGAAUGUCAGAGACAUUGUAAUCUCCUCCGAUGAGGAAAAGUAUGGUGUCGAAUAUACCGUGGUGGCUGACUGGCCAGUUCUUGGUAAGAAAUUGAAGAAGGAUGCCAAGAAGGUCAAGGCUGCUUUACCAUCGGUAAGUUCAGACGAAGUCAAGGCUUUUGCUAAAUCUGGUAAAUUGACCGUCGACGGAAUUGAAUUAGUCACCGAAGAUUUGCAAGUUCAAAGAGGAUUACCAGCUGCUCUGGCAGCUAGUGGACAUGAGUCUAGAUCCCAGCAAGACAUUCUCAUCAUCUUGGAUGUCAACAUGUACCCUGAAUUGCAAAAUGAAGGCUUGGCCAGAGAGUUGAUCAACCGUAUUCAAAGAUUGAGAAAGAAGGCUGGCUUGAACACCACAGAUGACGUCAAGGUUGAAUACAAGGUGUCGAAGGAUACCAUAGGUUUCGAGAACAUCUUGAAGGAGAAUGAAGAGAUGUUGUUGAAAUGUACAAAGAGACCAAUUGAGCCAUUCGGAAGUUCAACGAGUCCUAUCAUUGAUGAAGAACAAGUUAUCAACGACACAGUUUUCAACUUGCGUUUGUUGGAAUUAUAA